AUGUCAGCGGCCGGGGUCCCACCGGAGCGACAAGAGGACAGUAACUCAACGAGUGACCGAAUUGAAGGCGCUGCGAGCCCUCCGGCGCCGAAACGGAGACGGGUUGGCCUUGCAUGUUCCGCCUGCCGGAUCCGAAAGUCCAGAUGCAACGGCGUGCGCCCUAAAUGCGACCCCUGCGAUCGCUUAGGAUUCGAGUGCAUCUACGAACUGCCCGAUGCGUCCGCCAAUCUGCUCGUGCCUCGAGACAUAUUUGCCUCCUUAGAAAGCAAGGUCAAGCUGCUUGAGGCUACUGUACAGCAACAGGACCAGCGCAUCAAAGCCAUCGAGACAUCCAGUGUCAGGAAUGAUCGCCAUGUAGAGGUGCCCGUCGCCCGCCACGACGCUCCGGCUCCGGCUCCGGGCAUGGCGACCGGCGUCAUUGUCCAUCCCGAAGGCAUUGAAGAUGCCCCCACGGAACAGAGCAUGACUGAUGGUAUGGCACUUUCCUUUGUCAACGAGGAAGAUUGCGGGUUCUUUGGCCCCUCUUCAAACAUUGCCUUCAUGCGUCACAUCUUCCGUGCAAUGUCCAAGAAAGGCAUUACGAGCCAGGGUCGGUCGCCGGAAUCGCCUUUGAACAUCGGGGCCUACCAGGCCAGCAUGAUAAGCGUGCCGCAGCCAGCGUCGUCCAUGUCCGUCCAGGAACACAAUGGGGAGCUGGAAAAUGCUGUACAGGUUAACAUUCUACCGCCGGAGGAGGAAACUGAAAAGCUCAUCCGGUCCUACUUCUCCAACACUGGCCUUCUCUUCCCUUUUAUCCACGAAGACACGUUUCUAGCAACGUAUAACCGCAUGCGGGAUCAAAAUUAUCGCGCCAAUAUUAGACGGACCUGGCUCAGUCUACUAAACAUGAUAGUCGCCAUGGCGAUUUGCACGUCGCAGUGGGCUGAAGAUGGUACAGAGUAUCGAACGGACCAGUCGGACGUGUAUUAUCGGCGGGCGCGAGAACUCUGCAAGACGCAGAUGAUGAGAGGCACUACUCUUGAGACCGUGCAGUAUUUGUUGCUCACGAGCCAGUACUUGCAAGGCACACAGCGAUCGGUCCAGACAUGGACUACCCACGGCCUAGCUGUGAAGGCGGCUUUGUCCAUCGGCCUCCACUCGAGGGACAUGAUGGCGAGAUUUACGCCCAUCGAGCAGGAGAUGAGAAAGCGGACCUGGUUCGGCUGUGUGCUAUUGGAUAGGAGCCUCAGCAUGACGUUCGGGCGGCCGAGUGCUAUUCCAGAGGAUUAUAUCCAGCUGGAUCUUCCCACAAUCAUUCCCAUGGAUGAUGGUACCGAAGCGGCGUAUGGCAUCGCAAGCGUUGGCUUCUUCAACUCUACCAUGCAUGCCUCUCCCUUCUUCUCGCAAGCUCUUCUAUACAGAGUUCUAUGGAAAAUUGUCGCCACGCUUUAUGGCCAUAAUCUUGCCAGCGUAGAGACACCACCCGAGACGUGGAUGAUUACGCAAAUCUUCCAGCUCGAGCAAGAACUCAACAACUGGGCCAGUGCAUUGCCCCGUCCGUUGUUCUUGCGGAGUUCCACCAACUUACCGGAGGAAGGCGACGUGCAAGAUGAUAUUCUGGAACGGUUCAGAGUAGUCCUUUCACUGCGAUACCUGAGCGUGCAAUUAUUGCUAUACAGGCCGGUGCUGGCCGAUUCCCUCGCUCGCGGAACGAGCGGCGAAAAGCAGCGCUCGGUCAGCAAAGUCCAGGCCAACUUCAACUUCAUGUGCGUGCAGGUCGCAGAGGACAUCAUCAACAUCAUCCACGCCGUUCUCACGAAGCCGGGUCUCGGGCGGCAUCUCAUGGGAGCUUGGUGGUUCACGCUGUAUUAUACAUUCAACGCGGCUUUGGUCCUGUUUGGUAGCCUUUUAGUGCCGAUCCAGGACACAGCAGGUGAUCCCUUCGGGGUGGGGGAGAUCAGCCGUACGAAGCAGUACCUGGAAAAGGCUGUCCAGGGCCUCGUCCAGCUUGGGACGCGAAACAUAACCCUCCAUCGGUGCGUCGAUUAUCUGAAGCAACUGGUACGGCUGCUUGAUAGUUGGGGUUCAUCGCCCCCUCUUCAAUUGGAUGGACCAGCUUCGAAUAAUCUCUCCAGCAACGCCGCCCAAGAUUCAAAUCUCUUAUCCGACCUACUCUCCAGACCUCCAGCACUGGAAGGGCCUGGAAUGGGCUUUGAGGAUGAUCUUGAGCUUGGGAACUUUUUCACGAGCGAGUUCCAGCGGUGGUUUGACCGGUUCCCGACGUGA